AUGGAGAACCAAACCAGUGCCUCAGAGUUUAUUUUCUUGGGACUUUCCAAGGACCCUCAACUGCAGAUUUUCUUCUUUCUUGUGUUCUCCACCAUUUACCUAAUCACAUUGUCAGGAAACUUGACAAUCAUUCUGGUCAUAAGAAUGGACCCAUCACUUUAUACUCCCAUGUAUUUCUUUCUGACUCAUCUGUCCUUUGUUGACAUUUGUUAUUCUACAGACAUCGUCCCUAAAAUGUUGGUGAAUUUGCUAACAAAGCAGAAGACAAUAUCUUUUGUUGGCUGCCUUACACAGAUGUUUUUCAGCCUUCUGUUGAGUGUCACAGAGGUUUUCAUUCUUUCUGCAAUGGCUUAUGACAGAUACACUGCUGUGUGUCACCCCCUGCACUAUGUUGUGAUCAUGAACAAAGCCACAUGCACUUACUUGGUGAUGGGCGCAUGGAUAAUGGGCUUCCUUUUUGCAAUUAUAAACACAGUGCCAACAUUAAAUGUACAGUUCUGUGGCUUCCGUGAAAUCAGUCACUUUAGCUGUGAACUUCCACCACUACUGAAAUCGUCUUGUUCAGACACUUUUCUAAAUAAUGUGAUCCUUUUUUCUUCUGUUGCAAUUUUUGGACUUGGGUCCUUUCUUCCAACACUUGUCUCCUAUAUUCACAUAAUCUCCACCAUCCUGAAGAUCCACUCGGCAGAAGGCAGGAACAAAGCCUUCUCUACCUGUAGCUCCCACCUCAUUGUGGUUGGCUUACUAUACAUGACAGGAAUGUCUCAAUACAUGAAACCCAGCAAUGUGUCUUCAAUGACAUUGGAUGAAAUCUUCUCUGUCCAGUACAGUAUUUUGACUCCCAUGUUGAACCCGAUUAUAUACAGCCUGAAAAAUAAGGAAGUGAAAAGGGCUCUUGGGAAAAUAUUUGGAAGCAAGUAA